CCAUAUAAUUAACCCCUAAUUUCCUCCCCCUUCCAAAUUUACUUAUCAACCUCCCUUUUCAAACAAUACAUGUAUAUAUAUAUAUAUCUCCCUCUCGCUCUCGACUCUGCUUCCCCCCUCCCCCUCCUCCACCCGCACAGCCUGCAUACGGACGCCGCCAGCAGCAGCAGCAGCAGCAGCAGCAGCAGCAGCGAUCAAGCGUGCGCGCGCACGAUGGCCAUGGAACUUCCUCUCUUCCUCGGCGACGGCCCCGACGGCGCCCUCUUCUCCUCCCUCUGGUCCUCCUUCCCCGACGAUCUGCAGCAGCCCCCGCAAGAGAGCGUGGCGGAGCUGAAGCAGACGCUGCUGGCGACGACGCUGGAGCUUGAGGCGGCGAGGGAGGAGCUGAAGCGCAAGGAGCAGAGCAUCGCCAAGCUGGCCGACCUGGUCCGCGAGGUGGCCAAGGAGCGUGACGACGCGCGGGACCAGCUGCAGAGCCUCCGCCUUCUGGCCGCCCAGGCGGCGGCAGCGGCGGCGGCCGCGGCGCCGGCACCCGCGCCGCCGCUCGUCACGUCCAGCGUCACUGACUCCGACUGCAGCCUCGUCUCGUCCCCCGUCGACCCCUUCUUUGAUCCCGUCACCUCCGCCGACAGGCGCUGCAAGCUCAGCCCCGCCACGCCUCCCGCGCCGGCGACGGCGGCGGCGGCGGCCGCAUCCAAGCAGCAGUGCCAGCCUGGGGGUGGAGUCGGGUCGGCGGCCGAUGCCGUGCUCGACAUGCUCGCCAGCAAGAGGCCCCUGCCACACAAGGGACGCCUUCUGGCCGCCGUCAUGGAGGCGGGUCCCCUGCUGCAGAACCUGCUCGUCGCCGGGCAGCUCCCGCGGUGGCGCAACCCGCCCACAGUGCGCGCCCCGGACACACUCCCUCUCGGCGCCGCCCGCGCCGGGUACGUCGCGGCGCCCGUGGCCGCCGCCGGCGCUGACGCCGUCACGCUGGCCUCCAGCGCCUGCAUGAAGCGGCCGAUGUCCAUGCUCCCGCUGACGCCCAUGCUGCCCGCCGCUAGCUGCUCGCCGGGGUUCAUCGCCAAGCGACAGAGGCUGCAGCACUGACAGCAGCAUCUGGUCGACGGCCGACGGGUGGGUCCACACGCCAGUGACGGCGGGAUCCACCGUCUUCUAUUGAUGAUGAUGAGUGAAAAUGUUUCCACAAAGCCAUGGUGGUUCAGUUGCUAACUGCAUAGUAGUGUUAUUGAGUCAUAGAAGUAACUAAGUAUAGUCAGAUGCUGAAUUAUGAUAAUGUGAUCCAUGUGAAUAGCAGGGUUUUAUCACACUUGCUCGGUUUUUGUUUUUUCCUGUUCUUUUCCAUUUUUCAUUUUUGGGCAUGUCAGUGUCGUCUUAAGGCUGUUCAUAGCUUGACAUGGGAGCAUGAUUAGAGCCAACAUUUCUUGCUUUGAGGUGAGGGUAUUGGUUCAACUUGUUUCAUGCCCAUAGCCGAUGGCUUGGCUUGGAGUCAGCAAAUUUAUCUAUCAUAUAUCUAUAUAUCCUUCAGUGGAGAGCUUGUUCUUGAAA